ACUCUAGGAGGUCCUGGGGCGAUAGUACGCGGGCGGUGGGCUGCGCGACUUCUGCAGGACUAGAUUCCUGGUCCCGCCCCGCCGAGCCCCGCCCCUCCGCCGGCGGAGACUGCCGCGGGCGCAGCCACAGAUCCGCGGUCUCCCGGCCAGCCUGGGGCGGCCGGCCCGGAACCACCCGAUGAGUUAAGGGUCUGACUGCUACAGUUACCAAGGGGUCCCUUGAGAGGAACUCAGAUGUUUGUGCUUGACUGAGAAAACUGAAGCCAGAGGACGAGUCAGAGAUUUCUGCAGUGCUGGGCUACGGAGCUUGAUCAGCACUCCUGGUUCACGGCAGCAGGGGCUGGCACUCGUUCUGAUGUCCUGCUGCAGAAUUCCUGAUCUCUUCCCUUGAGGGAUGGUGAAGUUGGAGAGAGGCUCCUUUAACCCUCCUGCAGGAUGAACCCCCUGCCAGAAGACAUGGAGAAUACUCUCACGGGGAGUCAGAGCUCACACGCUUCUGUGCGCGACAUCCACUCCAUCAACCCCACGCAGCUCAUGGCCAGGAUCGAGUCCUAUGAAGGAAGGGAGAAGAAGGGCAUAUCUGAUGUCAGGAGGACUUUCUGUUUGUUUGUCACCUUUGACCUCUUAUUUGUAACAUUACUGUGGAUAAUAGAGUUAAAUGUGAAUGGAGGUAUUGAGAACACGUUAGAGAAAGAGGUGGUGCAGUAUGACUACUACUCUUCUUAUUUUGAUAUAUUUCUUUUGGCAGUUUUUCGAUUUAAAGUGUUAAUACUUGCAUAUGCAGUGUGCAGACUGCGCCAUUGGUGGGCCAUAGCGUUGACAACAGCAGUGACCAGUGCCUUUUUAUUAGCAAAAGUGAUCCUCUCAAAGCUUUUCUCACAAGGGGCUUUUGGCUAUGUGCUGCCCAUCAUUUCCUUCAUCCUUGCCUGGAUCGAGACAUGGUUCCUGGACUUCAAAGUGUUACCUCAAGAGGCAGAAGAAGAAAACAGACUCUUGAUAGUUCAGGAUGCCUCGGAGAGGGCGGCGCUGAUUCCUGGGGGUCUUUCUGAUGGUCAGUUUUAUUCUCCUCCUGAAUCUGAAGCAGGAUCUGAAAAUGAAGCUGAAGAAAAGCAGGACAGUGAAAAACCACUUUUAGAACUAUGAGUAAGACUUUUGUUAAAUGUGAAAAACCUUCAUUGAAAGUCACCAGAAAGAAAAAGGAACUGGAGAUGGGGUCUCCCUAUUGAAGGUUGAAAUGGUGACAUCCACUGCUGACAUUAUUGAACGGCUAGUAAAGCAUUUAUUUAUUGUAAUACCUCACAGACAUGGUACCAUACCCACGUCCAUUUAUGUCACCUGCCUGUGGCUGGUAAGAUAAUGUCGUGGUCCACCCUAUAUUCAGUGAGACUGGAUCUGACCUGUCAAUGAAUAGUUGCAGAAAGUCUUGUGCUGUGUUCCUAAUCAAAAAGACUUCUUAAUAUAUUGGAAUAACACUUUUUUAGUAUGUAAAAUAUCUUUUUAUUUUGAUUUGCAGAAUGGAAUUUUUUUGUCUCAUGUUUUGAAUUUCUUUUGUAUUUCUUUUUUAACUCCCUACAUUUCCCUUAUGUUUUUUAACUCAUGCACAUGCGCUAUUUGUACAAUUUUAAAAGGUAAUAAACUCCAACAUAUCAAAAUGA